AAACUUCCAGAGAACGCCUGAAAAGAAAGGAGAGGCGUCCUAAAAAAAAUUAAGGAGAGGCGAAAAAUCAAAUGAGCAAGAGAAAACGAGAGAAAGAAAACUUGACCAAACAUCGCUGGUCAAACAAGAGCAACACCGCACUGCCUAUAAAUCCAUGCCACUACCACAAACUGACACCAAGAAGGCAGGGGCACCAGUUCAGGACACUCGCCCGCUCUCCAGUUGCCAGAUCUCCAGCCCCAGGAGCUCCGAAGCAGCCUCUCCAAUGGCGGUCAAGGUCUAUGUCGUGUACUACUCCAUGUAUGGACAUGUUGCUAAACUAGCUGAUGAGAUAAAGAAAGGUGCGACGUCAGUCGAAGGUGUCGAAGCUAAAAUAUGGCAGGUCCCUGAAACUCUCCCCGAGGAAGUACUUGGAAAGAUGGGCGCACCUCCUAAGCUUGAUGCCCCAAUCAUCACACCACAAGAACUUGCGGAGGCAGAUGGGAUCCUGUUUGGUUUUCCUACAAGGUUUGGCAUGAUGGCUGCGCAAAUGAAGGCAUUCUUUGACGCAACUGGUGGCCUGUGGAGGGAGCAGAGUCUUGCAGGCAAACCUGCAGGCAUCUUCUUCAGCACCGGUACUCAGGGUGGCGGGCAGGAGACUACAGCAUUGACAACGGUAACCCAGUUGACUCACCACGGCAUGGUGUUUGUUCCUGUCGGGUACACCUUCGGUGCCAAGCUGUUCGACAUGGACAAAGUGCAGGGUGGCAGCCCGUACGGCGCAGGCACAUUUGCUGCAGAUGGUUCGAGGUGGCCAUCUGAGAUGGAGCUGGAGCACGCCUUCCACCAGGGCCAGUACUUUGCGAGCAUUGCGAAGAAACUCAAGGGAUCUGCUUGACCUCUUCUGUCUGCACAUAUCGUAAAAAGGCAUUUACAUGAGCUCCACCGUAUUGUCAAUAGCUUGUUCUCUUCUUUUGUGGUGUUUUAGAAUUUGUGUGUCUCUGUGGAACUUCUAUUGCGGCGUGCGUGAUAUAUGUGCUUUGAUAGAUUGGUUAUAGUUUGGAGUUUGUGUUUACCAUCAUGUUUAUAUAUAAUAGAUUAUCAAUGGUUGUUUUGGCUGUCA